UUUAUCAUCUCUAACCCAAUCUCCCUAUUCACAGACGAAGAAGAAUCUCAUCUCACACACUGGAAAAUUCCAGCUCUGUUGCUCUAGAAUUCGUAGAAUGAGAACGAGAAGAGGUCUGUGUUAUCCUAAGGCCACGAAUGACGAUGAGAGCUGUAGGUUGCUGAAGAAACGGAAGGUCGAAUUGGACGGAGAUUUCGCCGGACGGCGUGAUUUUUUUGAUUCUCUGCCGGAUGAUCUCGUUCUCUCUCUUCUCUGCAAACUCAGCUCCACCGCUGGAUGCUCGUCCGAUUUCCUCAGUGCUGUGAUGACUUGCAAAAGGCUGAAUGGAUUGGGGAUGAGCUCGAUCGUGCUGUCGAAGGCUAGCCGGAGAAUGCUGGCGGUGAAGGCGAAGAGCUGGUCGGAAUCGAGCCACCGGUUUCUCAAGCGCGUCGCCGAUACCGGAAAUGCAGAAGCCUGCUUCACGCUAGGCAUGAUUCGGUUUUACUGCCUGCAAAACCGAGGCAGCGGCGCGUCGCUGAUGGCGAAAGCGGCGAUCGCCUCUCACGCGCCGGCGCUGUACUCGCUCGCCGUCGUGCAGUUCAACGGCAGCGGCGGCACGAAGAGCGACAAGGAUCUCCGCGCCGGCGUCGCGUUGUGCGCACGCGCCGCCUUCCUCGGCCAGAUCGACGCGCUCCGCGAGCUCGGCCACUGCCUCCAGGACGGCUACGGCGUGAAGAAGAACAUCGCGGAGGGGCGCCGCUUCCUCAUCCAGGCGAACGCGCGCGAGCUCGCCGCCGUGCUCGUCUCCUGCCCGGCGGCGGUGGUGCCGCCGUCGUGGCUGGCGUGGAGCCCCAACCGCGUUGCCGGCGACGCCACCGGAUGCCCGCUGCUGAGCGAUUUCGGCUGCAAUGUGCCGUCGCCGGAGCCGCACCCCGCGAACCAGUUUUUAUCGGAUUGGUUCGCAGACCGGACCGGGAACGUACCCGGUCCGGGUCUCCGCCUCUGCUCGCACACCGGGUGCGGCAGGCCGGAGACACGUAGGCACGAGUUUCGUCGGUGCUCGGUGUGCGGAGCGGUGAAUUAUUGCUCACGCGCUUGUCAAGCGCUUGAUUGGAAGCUCCGCCACAAGGCGGAGUGCGCACCGGUGGAGCGAUGGGCUGACGGCGAGGGACUUUGAAUGUGACAUUAGUCUUUUUUUGGGGGAGGAAUCUAUGAUUAUUUUUUUAGUUGGGGUGGAAAAUUGAAUUAAUUAUAAAAUUAGUUGACGGUUAUUUAAAAUUGUACAGAUGUAAAAGCGGGGGUUUAUUUUAGAGCGACAUUUUCCGUCUCGUCUCCCUGUGAAAUAGUACUAAUGUUAGUUUAUUGGAGAAAUGGUUAUUAUUUGAUGUAGAGUAGUAUUGCUUA